CAGAUAGCAGAGUGCCCAAGAAACCACAUAAGGCGAGGACACGCACACAAAUUGCCAAACUCAGCAACUGUCUUGCCCAUCAUCCUCCAUAAGACUUUUCCAGAGCUCAAAAAUCACCGCCAGAACAUUUGUAUGUCUAGCCCAAGGUCUAAAAGCCCACACAAAACAAUCCCCUUGCCAGACCACACGACAGAAAACAACAAUCAUGGCAAGCGGACUCGAAACCAGAUACCCAGGCACCUUCACGGGCCAGCUCACGAGCUCGACCACAAAUAUGACGUGCGACACUGGUCCCACGACGGGCCAGUGGAGCCCCGACUUCGUGCAGCUGAACAUUCCACCACACCUGCACGCCUUCACCAUCACCGCCGCCAACGAGACAGCCGUCCAGGCCAUGCUCGAGUGCUGCAGUCCCAACCUGCCAAACCUGGCGCAACUGUGCUAUCUGUGGUGCGAGGUACCCAAGGAGUACUACAACGGGACGAUCACCAAGGACACUAGCCCGGGUGGGGUGAUGGAUGCAUUCCAUAGGUGCUUGACGGACAAGGGGGCCAAGCUGGGGAUCUCGGGAUAUCAGAAUGCGGGUGUGGCGAGGAGCGGGCCGACUAUCAUGGCGGUUGGCCUAUGGGGUUUGAUGGUUUCGGGGUUGACGCUGGUGGUGUAAGAGUCCCCCAUAUCUCGCAGCGUGAAUAGUGAGGUCUUGGCUCUUCGCGAUGCUGUUCUCUGGUUUCUGGAACGGCAUGAAUAUGAAAUAAACAUUUGCACAGUACGG